CUACUCUUUCAUAGGAUCUAACUAACCUCCUUACAGUAAAGACAGAAAGUCUUCCAACGAGAAUUUGAGCUUUGCCAAACGCGUUUUAAACCCCUUCUUAUUAAGUUUUUUCUCCCUCUAACUAAUUUCUUGUCUGAAAUUUUUGGUGACUAGUGAUUACACAUAUACCAUACAUAUAUAUCUCUGUUUAUGUGGAUCAUUUUAUUUGACUUGAAAACUACUUAAACAGAAAGCUAUACAAGGGUGGAGCACUAAGGCAAAAAGUUAAAAAGACACAGGAACUGUUGCUUCUUACUUUGGUUUUAGUUGCACUGAUCCAAAUUAGAGUACCCUUGUUUCUUAAGUUAACACAAAAUGGUAAAUAGUAAUACACUCAACAGUUAGAAAUCAAAUAAACAAUAAUCGGUUAAUCAUGUUUAUAGCCACCCAAGCAGUUGAGUACUAAUGGUUUUUGACACCAAUCAGAUAACAACACUCACUCGAUUGCUUAAAGUCUCAACAACCAGCAAAUACAGAGGAUGGUCAUUUAGAUCCGUAUGGUACACAACGUUACAUGCUUACACUUUGACUUCCAUUCCACCAUUCAUGGUCUCCAUACUCUAUUGUAGAGAGAAGAUCUAGGGAACUUUCCUUUUUUUUUAACGGACUAUCAUACAUGCUAAAUCAUUUUCUUAAUAUAUAUUUUACUAUUACAAAGAUGAAUCACUCGUCAGUAAAAAAAUCUUUAUAAAUAGCUAAAGUUACAAUCACUCUUGUCAUUGAUGUUCUACCCAAACACAUGUCAUACACACACACAUCUUAACGUACUUUGAUUUGCUUUGAUCUUGGACAUAAAAAUAAAGACUCAGACAAGCUACUGUCUUUUGUUUCAUUUCGUUGUCACAUGGCCACUGAUUCAGCAAUGUUCGCAUCCUCACGUCGGAGGCAAUCUCCGUCGCUUGAGGCGUUUCUAUCACCCGUUAAUCUCUCCGACGUCCCUCUCCUCCAAACACUAUCUUCCAUCUCAUCAGAGAUCCUCUCCUGCUUCAGCAACGCACGUUUCUCCUUCCAACGUAGAAACACCCGUUCCCUGAUACGUAAAGUCCAAGUCUUCGCCGUCUUGCUCCAACACCUCGCACCCGAGUCAAGCUUGGAUCCCACGGCGGUGCUCUGCUUCAAGGAGCUCUAUCUCCUCCUCCACCACUCCAAGUUCCUCCUCCGCUACUGCGCUCACUCCUCCAAGCUAUGGCUCUUGCUUCAAAGCCCCUCGCUCUCGAGCUUCUUCCAUGAUCUGAGUAAAGACUAUUCCACCCUCUUAGAUGUCCUCCUCCCUGCUGAGAGUCUCUGCCUAAACGACGACGUUAGAGAGCAAGUCCAGCUCUUGCACAUGCAGCACUACGUUGACGAUAACAGCGACGAGACGCUGCGUAACAAACUCUAUUCGUUUCUAGACGAGUUCGAGAACGGGAGUGUACCAAACUCUGAAGAGCUACGCUUCUUCUUCUUUGAGAAACUCGCUAUUAAAGAUCCAACAAGUUACAGAGAAGAGAUCGAGUUUCUUGAAGAGCAGAUCAAAAGCCACGGGUGUGACUUAGACCCUACGAGGUCAGUGAUCAACGGGUUUAUAGAUAUCACACGGUACGUUAUGUUUCUCUUAUUCAAGAUUGAAGAUGGUAACGAGAUUAAGAAACAAAGGAAACGUUUGAUCUCUGAGGAGAUUGAGAACACGUUUACAACAACGCUUCCAAAGGAUUUCAUCUGCUCCAUCUCUCUCAACCUCAUGAACGAUCCUGUGAUCAUCUCCACGGGACAGACUUACGACCGAAGCUCCAUCGCUAGGUGGAUUCAUCAAGAAGGUCGCUCUACUUGUCCCAAAACAGGACAGAAGCUCGUGGACUUGAGUUUCGUUCCCAACCUAGCUUUGAGACACUUGACAACGCUUUGGUGCCAAGUCACUGGUCUGUCUCAUGACUCGCCUAAAGAGUCUCUCCCUAAGGUGUUUCAAACAAGAGCUUCCACGGAAGCAAACAAAGCAACGUUAUCGAUUCUUGUACAGAACCUAGCACACGGCUCAGAGUUGGCUGCAGGAGAGAUCCGUGUUCUCACUAGAACAGUAACGGAAACACGUACGUUGAUCGUGGAAGCAGGUGCGAUCCCGUAUCUGCUUAGGCUUCUCAAAUCUGAAAACGCAACAGCGCAAGAGAACGCAGUUGCAUCGAUCUUUAACUUGUCUAUAGACGAAGCAAACAGGAGUCUGAUCAUGAAAGAACACGACUGUCUCGAGCCGAUAAUGAGCGUUCUCGUCUCUGGUCUUACGAUGAGAGCCAAGGAGAUUGCAGCAGCUACGUUGUACACUCUUUCAAGUGUACAUGAUUACAAGAAAGCGAUAGCUAACGCUGAUGGAUGCAUCGAGGCGCUUGCACUGGUGCUGCGAAACGGAACCGUGAGAGGGAAGAAAGAUGCUGUCUACGCUUUGCAUAGCUUAUGGCUGCAUCCGGAUAACUGCAGCUUGAUGGUAAAAAGGGGAGGAGUGUCUGCUCUCGUUGGAGCUUUGGGGGAAGAGGCUGUGGCGGAGAAAGUUGCGUGGGUGUUGGGUGUGAUGGCUACUGAGUCUUUAGGAGCUGAGAGUAUAGGGAGAGAGGAAACGGUUGUGACGGGGCUCAUGGAACUAAUGAGAUGUGGAAGACCUAGAGGCAAAGAAAAAGCUAUUGCGACUCUGUUACAACUCUGCACAGCAGGUGGAGCGGUUGUGACGGAGAAGGUUGUGAAAACACCCGCUCUUGCGGUCUUGACGCGUAAGCUUUUGCUAACGGGUACAGACCGAGCUAAGAGGAAAGCGGUUUCACUCUCUAAGGUAUGUAAGGGGUGCGACCAGAAAACACAGAGAUAGACGGUCUUGUAAUAGAGAAGGGAGUUAUAGAACCGAUCUUGUGAUCUCUAUAUCUAUGCAUGUCUUAAAAAAGUGUGUUAAGGGAGACAGCAGAAUAAACCUUUAUAUAUGUUAUUGUAUGAUUAUGAGCUGUUAACAUCUCUCUCUGCACUAUGAGCGUUUACCCAAUCAGAACUGAAUCCAUUAAAAGUUGAAACUGUUAAAAUAGAAAAGAUAUUAUACAAGGUGGAGCACAGAAGCAAAGCUACAACAGUCAUGGGAACUUUUUUGUUUUUUUUCUUUGGUUUUUAGUUGCAUUGAUCAAGAUUAGAGUUUGCUUGUUCCCUAAGUUAACAAAAGAUGAUAAAUACACUCACAGAGACAUAGUGGAGAUCCGUUUUUUUUUUUCCUCUCUCCCUACCCAACAACUUAAAUAACCGAUAACCUGUAUAACCGGUUAUCA